GCAACCCCGGAGACCCUCGAGCUGCAUAGGACUCUACGUGUUCGAACGCUGUGAAAUACACUUAUCGCUGUUCAUACACUACCAUUACCUCGAUCGUCCUCACACCUCAUAAUGGCGUGGUGGCGUCGCGACCCUUCACUCUGGGCACGAUCGCCAGCCCAUCGCUACGCCCAACGUAUUCUUCGAGACCAUGAAGCUAUAUUACGUACACGAUGCUUCUCACGCACGCCGUCGAACACUGCACAACACCAAGAUCCCGAUAAUGCAAGACGCCCUGAAGGCAUGACAGAUCAGGAGUGGACACAGCUGCAACGCUACCGGAAGUGGAAGAGGCUGCUGCAGGAACACCCAUACAAAGGCUUGUUUGGGGCCAGUGAGGACAUGUUGAAAGGUAAAGGGCUUACCGACUGGGAAUGGGUGUACAAGACGUUUCCCAAAUGGAUGCUGCAGGACAUGGAUCCUCAGCAAUCAGUUGAUCAAGACAAGAGUAAUAGUAGCGGUCGAAAAUAUGGAGACAGAUCAGGAACGCAGCCUCGGGCAGAAGAGCGGCUAUCUGGCGAGCGACAGUCUGCUUUCGCACCACCAGCUAUCAGAACGACACACUACGAACUUGAUGAGUUUGGUGUUGUAUCACCAUCCGAUCUGCGCCGUCCACGGGAUGGCCCGUAUGUGAAGGUAGUGGGAAAGAAUGAAAAGCGAGAUCUACCCACACCGGACAUCAAGAAAAGCAAGACGGACUCCGUAGCUCCUGAAAAAAUAGUACUCCAACCAGGUCUGAGACAGAUAAAUGCCGCCGGGACACAGGUGCCAGAGGUAACCAAAGACGUAGCCAAAGAAGCCUCCAGCCGAGAAUCAACAUUCAUCGACACGUUCUUCGCCGACGAGCCGAAAGUAUAUGAUCGUGAUCUUGGUAACAGCAAGUCUUGGAGGCAGACAGCGCUGGAGAGGCGACAAGCGCCAGACGUUGUCGCCAAGUCAAAGGCAGGAUCAUUGCCGACUGCGAAGCCCAAGGAAUCAGCAACAGGAGUAACGUCGCCUCCAGUUCGAAACACCAUCACAAUUCCCUCUUCGCAGGCACUGGUCGAUAACUAUCCUUACCCGAAGCCAUCAUCUACGCAGAGCAGCAAUGCUGUGCAGACAAAGCUUGAGCCGACUAGCAGAGUAGUAGAUUGGUCGGUAUCACGACCAUCAGAGAUCACGAAGAAUGCUAGUACCCCAAACGUAGACUCGACCUUUGCACAAACCACGUUAGACAAGCUUCGAAAUCUUCCCGAGGACGAUAUCGACUUCCUGAGUGCUGAUGAGAUCCGAGCAGCUAUGGGUCGCAGGAACAGUGGCCUGAGGACGAGCGAGAAGAGAGACGACCGACAGAAACUCGAGACCAGCUACAUCACUGCUGAGCCAAAGGCACUUGACGAUGUAGUCGAAGGUCACGUUUUGAACAAUUAUCACGUGCGUCGAUUUAAGCAAGAAUUUGAGCGAGCACAGACCGUAGCGGAGGCACCUGUUCAAAUGGAGUCCAGCAUCGAUCGCAUGAGAAGGUGGAUCGAGGAUGGAGGUACUUCUCUCGCCAAGCACUUUUGGCAGGACCCUAUUGAAGCAGGGGCUCCGUCAGAAGCAGAUUUGCAGUUUGCCAAGCAAAUGUCUGGUCUUGGUAAGGGUCGCCGUGCGAGAGAGCACAUUUCAGAAGAUCUGGAAACCGACCUUCCCAUGUGCAAGGGCCUUCUGGAUCGUCUCAAGGAUGACGAAAACAGAGUCGAACAUACAGUUCUCCUUCUGAAAUCCCCUAGGAGAACAGUGCAUGGUACUGAGAUCUCUAAGAAUCUUCGAACCAUUAGGGAGCGACGGUUGCGAAAUACCUAUGAACGAACAGAGAAACAGUUCGAAUCAGCGUGCCAGUCUCUCCGUGAUCUGGACGCUGAAACGGUCCAAAAAGCUACCAACGCCUUUAAAAGGCGCCUUGGCAUCGCUUCAAGAGUCUUGCACAAGAACCAUACUCUGACUCGAAUGCUCACCUGGGGUGCACAGGCUCGUCUCGAUGAGCCAGAUCUUGAACGCGGCAAAGCCGAGUUGUACAGCGAAAUUUUGACCCGAUUGGCAACUUUGCGAGACACACAACUGGCUCUGGCUCGGUUGAUGGAUCAUGCAAUACAAACUUACGGAGUGUCGUUGAAGCCAGCAGACGAAGCACUCUCAAGGGCAGCGUCAGUCAUCGAACUUGAAGCAGCCGAGUCAAUCACCAAGGAAGAUGAUGCAUCAUCCAAGACAGCUGGUGCUAAGUUCUUAGCCGACACAGCAGCCGCAGCCCGUCUCACCGAUGAAAUACAAACUCAAAAGUCAGCGAUGCAGGGCUUAUCUGAUGAUGGCUAUGCAAGAGCACCCAAGCAAACUCCUCGAAAGAUCUUUGAAGAGAAGAGUCCUCUAGCUCAUAGCCUCUUCAGGCCGUUUAACCUCCAGUUCGAAAAUCUGGGUAGAAAAUCUGAUGGGGAGGAGGCAGCAGACAAAUUGCAGGAAGCUCACCAGCAAAAGGUGGGCGAUAGGAAGCUGGUGCAGGAAGUCCGUAACGCAUACGAAGACGUCUAUGGGCCGAUUACAGUCGAACAUAGACAGGUGUCAUUAGCCGAAGAACCUACCGACAAUCCGAAAGCUUUCGAGAUGCUGAAGGAGGAUCCUUUCAAUGUCGAAGCUACAGCUGUCCAGGAGAACCUGAGCCCUGUUGAAGCUACCGCUGCCAGCGAAGCGAUGGAAACGAAACCUAUCGUCGAGGAAGCCGUGGCACCGUCCGCGUCAUCCUUGACACACGAUACCAUUGUUGAAGAUAAUCCUACGGCAGUACCCGCAUCAGAAGUCGCGAUCAACAUUCCUCAGAUAACUUCCUCAGCGUCCGCAAGCGAUACCUCCACCGAAACUGCGACAGAUGCGACCUCGACCACAAAUCUGCCAACACACUACACUAUCCUGGUUCACGAUCCUCAGACGGACACUUUGAGCAUCACGACAUCAUCAAGCGCACCUCCGCGUGACACCUCGCCGGCUCUACCAAUACACGAAGCGCUGUCUACACUAAAGGCACCCGCCAAAUUUGUCGCAUACAUCACCCCUGGCCUCGAAGUCGUCACUGCCAAGCGACACAUGCUUGUUCUCCGCAACGCCCUUGACGAGACAUCUUCGACACGAGGCUUCGAGACCAUUGGUGCCCCACCGUCUGCAGACACAACUACGGAGACUUUCUACAAUCAGGUUAAUCCCAUCGAUGGAACUUCUCGACUCAGUCCAACGGGCUACAGCGGCGUUGAACAGAGUCGUGAACAGCUCGAGAAGGACUUUGAGGAAAGGAGACAGGCGGCUGUUGCUACGGAGGCGGCGAGGAGUAAGAAGAGUAAGCAGCAGGCCAGGGACAAGGAGGUCCCACCAAGAAGAAGAGGGGCUGUAGGCGGUGUGAUCAAGACUGCAAUCUGGGCAAGUGCCGUUUGCUAUAUUGUGGGUGUUUCUGCGGAGUUGCUUCGAUGAUCAGUUCAUCUGACUUGUUUUUGGCGCCUUUGCAUGCAGCGUUUUGGGAUGGCGUUUGGAGAUGCACCACACUCACGGGCCUCGACGUAUUGCUUGAUAAUCUACAUCAUUUCUAUCAGCCGUAAGCCACUGGGCAAACAAUGCUCACCACCAACGUUCACAUCAAUGUGGGGCUAGUUGGAGGCCCCACUGGUCUGGGUGAGGCUGACAGCGGGCUACCAGAAAUAUUCUCACC